UGUGCGGUUAUCACACACAACGACAAUAAAAAGUCAAGUGAUUUUGUUUUCUUUUCUGGUAUUUAUCAAACAUUAUUUUGCCAGCUCCUCCGGUCUCCUAUAAAACCCUCAAAAAGCUUUUGUAGUUUUAGCCUCUAGGAAAGUUGAUAUGGCAGAAGAAGCUUUGGUUAAAAAAGCAGGAGAUAAGUACAGAUCUUUCUUACAUGAUGAAGCUGAGAAUAUCACGCAGUGGAGGCAUGGUGGCCCUCCCAUAUAUGAUUCCGUAAAUCAGCUCUUCGAAGAAGGCCGAACUAAGGAAUGGCCCAAAGGAUCUCUAGAAGAAGUGGUGCAAAAUGCUAUAAAGUCUUGGGAAAUGGAACUCUCACACAAGACUCGUUUACAGGACUUCAAGACCAUCAACCCUGACAAAUUCAAGCUCAUUGUUAAUGGAAGAGAGGGUUUAUCGGGAGAAGAGACGCUUAGGAUUGGUAGCUACAACGCAUUGUUGAAGAAUUCUCUGCCAAAGGAAUUUCAGUACUACAAAGCAGAUGAAGAAACCUUUGAAUCAUCUCAUGAUGCCUUUCGAUCUGCCUUGCCUCGAGGAUUCGCAUGGGAAGUGCUGAGUGUAUAUUCAGGGCCUCCAGUGAUUUCUUUCAAAUUCAGGCAUUGGGGUUUCUUUGAAGGACCUUUCAAAGGCCAUGCUCCUACUGAAGAAAAGGUUGAGUUCUAUGGCUUUGGAGUCCUCAAGGUGGAUGAAUCUCUGAGGGCAGAAGAUGUGGAGGUUUACUAUGACCCAGCAGCGUUAUUUGGGGGGCUCCUGAAGGGGGCGCUGAUAUCGCCAUGCCAAUCAGAAGAUAACACUGUCACCACCGCCGCAGCAACGCGUGGCUGUCCAUUUUCCAAAUAAAUAUCACCUGACAUGUGUUUGUCGUUGUGCCAUGAGUGAUUUCUUGCUUUCGUUUGUAUGAUGAAUCAAAGUGCUUGUUUGCUUGCUUUUAUUA